GGAAAUGGGACAGCAGCAAUCAGUAAAUGCAGAACCAGAGGAGAUUGAUGAGUCUGCUGUCUUAGUGGCACAAGUGGAAGACUUCAAGUCAUCUAAGAGACUUAGGACAACAGUAAAUGAUAGAGAAAUAGUGAUAUUCCAUCACCUGGGGAAAUAUCAUGCCUUAGAUCUUCGCUGUUACCAUUCAGGAGGGCCAUUACAUCUCGGAGAGAUUGAGGAUAUCGGUGGAUGGGCUUGUGUUGUUUGUCCUUGGCACAAAUAUAAAAUUGUUCUGGAAAGCGGUGAAGGCCUGUAUCAAGGAGUUGACCCCCAUGAGCAGAACAGAACCAAGAAAUGGUUCUCUAAAGGAGUGAAACAACGGACUCACAAAGUGACUGUCAGCAAUGGUGGUGUCUAUGUUACUCUCUCAGACACAAGCUCUAUGAGGUGUGAUUCUGAUGUCUAUGCAAAAGAGAAAUUUAAUGACCAGCCUUGCCCUGAUCCAGUAACAUAG